AUGGCUGUUGGGGCAAGUGUGUACUUAUCACCUUCCGUAUCCGCCGAAAAGGCCAGGCUUAAAUCAGACAACCGCACUACUGCGUCUGCCACUACCACAGGCACUAGCAGUGGUACCAAUGGUACCAGUGGUAAAGGCAGCGGACCCCGCAGCAGCAGCAGCAGCAGCAGCAGCAGCAGCAGCAGCAGCAGCAGGCAGAUGGUACACGUGGAGCACGUGCCGCUGGCCCGGCCGCACGUGGUGCACUAUGUGGAUGUGCACCUGCCGUGGUCGCACUCCCUCUGCGCCUGCUGCCUCUCCCGUAUGCUCCGCCCCGCCCCGCCCAUCACCUUCCGCAUCUCAAGCCUGGCCUCGCUGCGCAAGCACCUGCAGCAGCCCGUGGUGCCCACCAUGCCGCCCUUCCGCCUCGCCAACAAGCCCACGCCGCCCAUCCUCGCCUACUCCGCCACCGUCCCGCUCUCCGCCCCUCCUCGCCGUUUUCCAGGUUCCCGCGCUUCGUCACUCUCUGGCGCGCGCACCUGCGCUUCCCUGAGAUGGCCUUUUCCGUAUUGGCGUUUCAGUUCGGAGCGGGGCAGCAGGUGCAGGGGCGACUGCGUGGCGUCGCUGCUGCUGCAGGUGCUGGGAGUGAAGGGCAAACAGCAGCUGGAGACUAGCUUUGCUGCCCGCAUGCUGCCGCUGCUGCCGGGGGGAGGGGCGCGCAUGGGGAGGCGGGAGGGGAAGGAGCGAGCCGGGGGGAGGGAAGAGAGGGGAAGGAGUGGAGGGAUGGUACCCGCUGCUGCUGCUCGCAGUGCUCCAAGGGGCGAGAGCACAGAGGGAAGAGAAAUGAAGGGGCCUUGGAAGCCGAAGCCGGCAAGCAGCGGUGGCAUGGUGAUAUCUGGUGCCAGACCCCACCGAGUUUGCCCUCAAGUGCGCCACUCUCUUCUGCCGGCCGCAGUUUGCUGUGAGAGCUUCUCUCUCUUCUCCGACUGUGCCGGCAGCCGCGACAAGGAGAGGGUAGAGGACGCUGCUGUGGAGGAGGCACGGAACCGGCUGCUGCGGAGAAGGGGAGUGUGGAGGGAAGUGGAGUGCAGGAUAGAGGGAAGCGAGCAGUGGAUUCAGACGCAACCAGCAUCAGCUCCUGCUGCUCCUGCUGGUGCUGGGUCUGGUGCUGCAGCCAGUGGGUCUGGUGCUGCAAGCGGCGCCGGCCUUGUCCCGGUUCGGCGCCGUGUCAAAGCCUGCAGGUGCGCCAGGCCUGGAAGGCUCGGCAACGACGGCUGGAAGGAGUUUCCGGAGGGGGACAGGGCGGCAGUGGCGGCGAAUUUGAAAGAUCCUGGGGAGUUUAUUGGACUCAAGACCUUCCAGGUGGGGGCAUUUCAUGGCGGUGAGUUGGACAGCGAGGAGAUGAAGAAGGAGUACAACCUCAUUGUGGAGGAGAGGGGGGUAACGAGCAUUCUCCAGCCUGUCGGGCAGGACGGGGUAGGGCAGGAGGAGAGGGUGGGGCGGCAGGGAAGGUGGGAGGGGAUCGAGGAGUGGAGGAUGUGGGAGGAAGUGGACAGCUGGCGGCGGGCUGCUGUUAUGGCGUGGCCUGCUGUGGAGGGUCUUGGUGAGGCGGGGGUGGCUGGUGGUGAGGGGGAUGGGUUGGAGGAGUGCUGUGCGGCCAUGAAGCGCGUGCUACAGGAGGAGAAGGUCAUGGCGGAGGCACGUAGGCAAGCGGUGAGUGACUCUGUCGUUGCCGCUGGUGAUGCUAGGGGUGGAGAUUCGGGCGCAGUGGCAAGGGAGGGGCUGGCGUGUGUGUUCGUGGGCAGCAGUGUGUCGGGGUGGAAGGGGCGGGUUGCAGCUCAAGCUAUGUUCGCGGUGCGGCAAGGCUGCCUACUGCAGCAGGGAGUGCCAGAAGGCCACUGGCCGUUGCACAAGAUCACUUGCCAGCCCAAGGCCAAGAAGAGGGGAAGAGUCCUUCAUAGAUGGGAUAAUGUGGAGAUGACUUUUGAGUUGGCUUAA